GGGCCUCCUCGGACCAGAUCAUGCAGACGGGGGCGAUCCUGCUGCGGGCGUUCGUGCGGGACCGCGUGGAGCGCUGCGGGGACCCGCAGGCCGUGGCGCUGAGCGUGGCCGAGCUGGGCGAGCCCCAGCCCAGCAGCCCCGACACCAAGCGGCUCAGCGAGUGCCUGCGGCGCAUCGGCGACGAGCUCGACAGCAACAUGGAGCUGCAGAGGAUGAUCGAGCAGGUGGGCUGUGACGCCCCCAAAAAGCUUUUCUUCCGCGUGGCCAAGGAGAUGUUCGCCGACGGCACCUUCAACUGGGGCCGCGUCGUCGCCCUCUUCUACUUCGCCUGCAAGCUGGUUCUGAAGGCACUCUGCACCAAGGUCCCGGAGCUGGUGCAGACCAUCCUGGGCUGGACCAUGGAGUACCUUAGGGAGCACGUGCUGGCCUGGAUCCAGGCCCAGGGCGGAUGGGAAGGGCUGCUCUCCCACUUCGGGACCCCCACCUGGCAGACCAUCACCAUCUUCGCCGCCGGCGUCCUCACGGCCUCUCUCACCAUCUGGAAGAUGUCGUAGGCUCUGGGGGGGCCGCAGCCCCUCCCCGCUCCCCCCCGGCCCGGCCCUGCCGGCAGGGAUGGUGCUGACCCCCCCCCCCGUGCCUUCAGGAGCAGGGAGGGGGCUUUUUAACACCCAGGACUUGCUCGCCUGGACUUGGGGAGGGGCGGUUGAGCCGUGGGACCCUCCCCUCCCUCCCUCCCUCCCUCCCCCCAGGGCAGCUGUGGCCCCCACAGCCCUUUCCCCCCCCCCGAGGCCACGGCUGGGACCCUGCCAGAUUUAGGAAGGGGGUUAGCGGGGUGGGGGGCACCCCACUUCCCCUCCCACGUCCCCCCCAGCCCUGGUGCUGGGCCCCCCUUGAGCAGCAGGGGGGCCACGGUCCCCAGUGACCCCCCCCGGCCUCAGAGCGGUUUGACCCCAGAACUUGUGGUGCUUUGGGGGGGGUCCUGCGGUUCCACCCCCCAGAUACGGGGGUGGAGGGUGAGGGGGGACGUCUGUGACCCCCCAACCAGGUGGGGUGAGGGGGUGGGGGGGAGGGCUGCAGCCCUGGCUGCAGGUUGAGUAUUUAUUGGGGGCUCCCUGUCCCCAGAAGGGCCCCCCCAGGUGCAAUACCCCCCUCUCAGGGUGUGGGGGGCCGUGCCCCCCGUUUACACCCCCCAGCCCCUGGGGUUCGGGGGUCCCCACUUGGCAAUCCCGUGUCCCCGAGGAGCUGCCCCGAGGCAGGGGCAGAGCGACCCCCCCUCCCCCACCCCCACGGUGCUCUCGGGGGUGAUGUCACGAUGUGAUGACGUCAUCGGGGACAACUCCCCCCACCCCCCCCAAACGGGGGGGUGCCCUGCCUUCCCCCCCUCCCGGGCCCCCCCCCCCCUUCCCCCCACCCCGUUUCUCUCGAUGGUUUUUUUUCCUUCUCUUUUUUUGUACCUUGUUUUGUAUCUCGGGAAUUUCAACGGGAAUAAAAAAAAA